AAAAUCCACACCUGCUUAUAACUUCAAUCGAUUCCCUAUCAAAGACCAAGUUUGACUCAAGCCGUUGAUGCUCUCUAACCCACCAUGGCGCUGCAAGACGACCCAAACCUCCAAGCACAUCCCCCACAGGCAAUAAUCAUCGCAUCGCAAAACCCCGUCAAGAUCAACGCCGCCCUUCAAGGCUUCUCCCUCAUGUUCCCCAGCACCACAUACUCAGCCCGCGGUAUCGCCGUCCCCUCCGGCGUCCCAGACCAGCCAUUAUCCGACGACGUCACCCUUCUUGGCGCCCAGAACCGCGCAGCCAAUGCCCGCACGCUCGAACCCAACGCAGACUACUGGGUGGGAAUUGAAGGCGGGGUUGAGGAACAUGCGGGGUCGCUCCGCUCCUUCGCCUGGGUUGUGAUCGCGGGCAAGGACGGCCACACGGGCAAGGCGCGCACCGGGACAUAUUACUUGUCCCAGGAAACGGCCAAGCUUGUGCGUGAGGGCAUGGAGCUGGGCGACGCCGACGACGUGGUUUUUGGGCGGACGAAUUCCAAGCAGCGGAACGGCUCGGUGGGGCUGCUGACGGAUGACGUGAUCGAUCGGACGGCAUACUAUGUCCAGGCGGUCAUCUUGGCGCUGAUACCCUUUAAGAAUGUCGGCCUUACAUUCUAGACACAUGUCUAUAUCAUAGUGCAAAAUUGGCAGUGAGGUUGAGAAGGUCAUGGUAAAAGCAUGUGCAACCUCGCUAGCCAGUGAUUUAGAGUUAGGUAAGGCGGACAUGAUUGCCUCAGCUUCGGACGACGCGGUUGAGCCGCUUGAUGAUGAUUAUGGCGAUGGUGAUGAAUACGAUGAGCAUGGAGUCAGCACCGGCUCGAGAUGGGACUGAUCAACAGAUGGCAUGGAGCUUGCUGACGACUUGCUAGUUUACUUAUGCAAUGCCUGUGGA